AUGUCUUCCACCCUUGCCACCAUUUUUGAACGUGUCCCCAUCUCCACCCUCACUGUCUCCACCUUGCAGAUCUGCAUUCAAAGCUCUUCCAGUCCCCUCCCUGACAUUCAGUACACCUACAAUGCUGAUGUCUCGGAAGGCAAAUUCUAUCACACCCCUGAAAUUGCCCAAUCCCAAGAAAUCAAGCAAAAAUACCGCGAAACCACCUACCUCCAGCGAAUCACCGAGAUCCACAACAACUACAGCGCUGUCGAACUCCUCACGCAACUUGCCGAGGAACAGGACAAUGCCAUAAAAAUAUUUGCAAGGACUGUCACGAGCUUCCAUGCUCUCAAUGAACAUUUCACAGACACUCAUCGCAACGCUGCAGACCUGGUCCAUAUCAACAAUUAA